AUGGCACCCAUGAAAAAGGUUGUAGUGAAGGGAAGAAGAAGAAGAAGAAGAAGAAAACAGUGCGCCUUUGACUGCACCUGUCCUGUAGAUGAUGGAAUCAUGGAUGCUGCCAAUUUUGAGCAGUUCCUCCAGGAGAGAACUACAGUGAAUGGGAAACCUGGGAAUCUAGGCAGAGGGGUUGUGACCAUUGAAUGGAGCAAGAGCAAGAUCACUGUCACUUCUGAGGUGCCUUUCUCCAAAAGGUAUUUGAAACAUCUCACUGAGAAAUAUUUGAAGAACAAUCUUCAAGACUGGCUGUGUGUUGUCGCCAACAGCAAAGAGAGUUAUGACUUGCACUACUUCCAGAGCAACCAGGAUGCAGAGGAGGAGGAUUAA